AUGUACAUGAAAUAUUUUGUCAACGAUGUGGCACCAAUAUUGUUCGCAAAAAACCACGCUCAUGUCUUCCUCAAGCAGGUUGUGAACCUGGCAUUCCUGUAUCAACAGGUCAGAAACCCUAUUUUGGGGAUCGCCGCCACUCAUCGCUCUUGCAAGUUAGACCAUGAGCUGUCCUCCGUUCGUGAGCUCAAUCCGGCCUAUCGAGAUUCCAUCACCUAUCGGGCUCGCUCAAAACUUUCGGAAUAUCCCCAGUGUUCAGAUGAGAUAGAGCUUCUUUCUGUGCUGUUGUCUGUGAUGAUGGAAAUUCUUGUUGGAGAUAGUCUUGAUUGGUUUCAGUUGCUGCAACGUGCUUAUAGAAUACUUGAAAGAUGUGGUGGAAUCUUGUCUCUAACAAAUGACAAAGACGAUCAGCUAAAACUGAUUAGCGUCCAGCUCUUUUGUUAUCUGGAUUUUGUGUCAAGCUUGAGCACAUGCAACCCGCCAUAUAUCGAAAUGCAGCAGAUGAACCAAUUUGAAACCAGCUACAACAUAUCUGAAUCCCUUGAAGAGUUUGACAUUGAAGGCCUAGUGGAUGAGAGUUUACUGUCGAACACAGAAAUAAAUUCUCGAUUUGUUUCGUCGCUGUUGAGUGACAGCGACACUUCCAAUAUACUCAAAAUCGAGCUCGGGUUUAAAUUUGGCAUUGCAGGUGAUAUAUUCAAAAUUAUGGGCAAGAUAUCUGCCCUAGCAAGUCUCCGCAAGUUGCGCGGAAGAGACAGCAAGUACGAUAUCGAGUUCGAUCGGUUUGCCAGCGAGAUAGAGAUGAAGUUGCAAAAUUGGGAUGUCCCUGAGGAAAUUAAUUUUGAAAACAUCUCAGAUUUUCAGAGAACACAGUAUGCGCUGGCAUUGCAGUGGGCUUGCUUCUUGCGGCUGCAUCAGAUACGCUACGGAUACAACAGGGAUGACUCAAGGCCCAAGGGAUGUUUGGUGAACAUUUUGCAAGCUAUAGAAUCUAUUCCUGAAGGAUCACAGCUGGAAAGUGGACUAAUGGUUCCUCUCAUACUUGCUGGCUCUGUGGCUAGUCGGGAGGAUGACCGUAGAGUGAUAUUGAAGAGGAUGAGGAAUAUCAGCGGAACGCUAAAGUUUCCUUACAUUCAGCGAUUUGAGAUGCUGCUGAUGAGAAUUUGGGAGCGGGAUUCACUGGAUGGCAACUUUGUGAACUGGGCGGCGGUCAGGUAUUACGAGUUUCCAGGGUUGGUGAUGUUUUAG